AUGCCGGGAGCCUUCGAAGAUUUGUUGAGCAAGUCCGAUCGGUUAUGUGUGCCAACUAAUAACGUUUCUAAAGUCUCUUCGAACAAUCACGAGACACGUGUUGAUCUCGCAUUAAAUGAUGUUUUUCGACGCAGUGAAGAUUUGUGGAAGAGAAAGACACCCGUUGGAAAACGUUCACUAGAUGUAGAAGUUGGUUUACUACUUGGUGGAAAGGGUUUCUCAAUUAUCUCAGUACCACAAAUCCAAGACGAGGAGAAAGAAGAAGAAGAGAGAAAUUCUGUUUUACCAUCUAGAGAUUGUGAAGAAAUGUUGGAUGAAAUGAUUGAAGAAACUGCAAAACGAACUCAUUUAGAAGCAGAGAAAGCAUUUAUCAAUCAACGUAUUGUUGAUGAAACUUAUGCACUACCCAAAUUUGCAACAAAAGAUGCUGACCUUACCCAAAAUCCGUUGUCGGAAUCGGUUGUUGAUUCCACAAAACCAAUUAAGCAAGGAGAUAGUAUCGAAUUAGCAUUUGCUAAAACUGUAUCUGAUUAUAUAGUGCACAAGAACGUAGAAAAAUUAGCAAAAUCUUUCAAAGAGGCUGCAUCAAAUUCACGUGAUGAUGGAAUAGUUUCUUUGUGGGAUCAAGUUCUUGCACCUUUGGAUGAUUUUACUUCUUCUAAUGAUUCUGCUCAAAACUUUCGCUCUUCAUUGUCCUGGACAAAACAUGUCGUUAGCACAACUCUUGAUUUUCUUCACAAAAACUUUACUUCACACAUGGAGGUAGUCGUGGAAAAUAAUCUAGCGAUAGCUCAAAGAGGUGGUAAUCCGACGAUGUUAUCACUUAUCGAUGCUUUUCUAAAUGUCAAGUAUUACAAGUCAAUUCAGCGACACACUCAAGAUGGUGUGUAUGGACAAAAUGGACACAGUUUGUGGGAAGUUGUUUAUUACUGUUUAAGAGCUGGGGAACUUGAAUCAGUUGCAUCAAUAGCAAAUUCACAUUUAAAAAACUUACCAUCUUGUGCAGCUGCCUCAAUAGCUUUACUUGAACUUGAGAAGACAAAAAAGAUAUCAGUUGAUGUUCGGCUGAAAAUAAAAGCAGAGUGGCGUUGUGAGUCGAGAACGUUUGUAGAUAUUUAUAAGAAAGCUGUGUAUUGUGCCCUUCUUGGCGGCGAUGUGCCUGAAGUUUGUAGUAAUUUAGAGAAUUGGUUGUGGUUGAAAUUAUAUCCAUGUAGUUUAGAUCCAUCGCUUUCUCCAGCAGUUUUCAAGGAACUUCAGCGACUCAUAUCUAUUGAUUAUGGUGAGAGCUAUUUUGUUGGCAGUGAUGGAAGUGUGCUGAUUUAUUUUCAAGCGUUAUGGCUGACAGGACAAUAUGAGCGUGCGAUAAAUCUACUUUUCAGAUUCUCUAAGUUAAAUUCUAUAACUACUGCAUUAGCUUUCAGAAAUGACAUGGUGAUUCAUGCAGUACACUUAGCAAUAUUAUUGUUUGUGAAUGGUUUAUUGAUUUUGGUUGAUAACAUCAAACAUCCACUAUUAGUCAGUGAACAAGAUGAUCCAGUGCAAAGCUUUCUCAAUUUCUGUCGCCUUAUUUUGUUUUACAUGAAAGAAUUUGAAUGCAGUGAUGUAGCACGUACAUUAGAUUAUGCAUAUUUUCUAAACAAAAUGGAAUCACCUGUAGGUGGAAAUUUGUUUUAUUGUUGCAUCUCUCGUGCAGUUUAUUUGAGUGGAAAAACGUGGUGUGUUCUUGGACGAAUUGACGAUGAUGGUGUUCGGAAUGAAGGUCUCAUUGACAAGUAUGCAAAGGAUAUUACUAUUGAAGAUGCUAUCGCUAAAGUUGCUUCUGAUACAGAAAUUAACGGUGAUACAACUCUAGCUGGUCGACUGUAUAUGGCUGCUAAUUGUGUUGGUGAUGCAAUUCGAUUAGCUUGCGAAGCAUUAGCUAAAGAAAUCAUUGAACAUAAAGAUACGGGUGAGGCUCGUAAGCUUGGUGUGUGGUUAGCAAAUAUUUGCAAACAUUCGGCAAAGAUGCCUCGAACAAAUUCAGUUGAUGCGCUUCCGAAUCUAUAUCUUAUGCUCGAUAUAUAUACAUUUUUCCAAUUCUAUCGUGACAAAAAGUUUGCUGCUUGCAUGGAAAUAAUUGGGAAACUUAAGUGCAUACCAGUAAAUGUGGAAGAAGUACAAGCGUUCGUAUCGACGUUUUACAUGGUUUCAGAUCAAAUGCGUUUGGUGUUGCCGGAGCUGUGUUUAACAGUGAUGAAAAUACUAGUAGAAAAUUUGAAAAGCAAUCCAGAAUUAGUGGAUGAACUACGACCAGAAGCUAAAGCGAUUAUUUUGUACGUUGCAAUGAUUCCAUAUCGGUUUCCGUCCCAAAUUAGUACGCACAUUUUACAGCUGGGGACCCAUUUUGAUUAA